UCUAUAAACAAAAGACGAUCGCACUGCGCACUCGUGUAGGCGUAGGCGCCGAAAUAUUAGUCCCAUGUGUUAGCGGCAAAAUCGUUCCUCAAAUUUCGAACGGAACGCUCGAAAUCCGAAGCCUGCGGCUCGCAUUCUUUGAUUUUAGGUGCAAAUUAUAAGUGAGGAAGAUGUCGAGCGACGGUCCCUCACCGCGGAAAAUGGCGAAGCCCUCGGGCAGCAACGGCGACGACCAGUCGGCCACAGAUAUGGAAACACAGAAGGCGCUGGUGGACAUCGACUCUUGUCAGAACGAGAUCGACGCGCUCAACGAGAAGGCCAGCGAGGAGAUUCUGCUGGUCGAACAGAAGUACAACAAACUGCGCAAGCCCUUCUUUGAGAAGCGCAAUGAAAUCAUCAUGAGGAUACCCAACUUCUGGGUGACCGCUUUCGUCAACCACCCGCAGAUCCAGUUAGACGAGUCCGAGGAGGACUGCCUAACACAUCUUAAGAAGCUAGAGGUUGAAGAGUUUGAAGACAUCAAGUCUGGAUACAAAAUUAACUUCCAUUUCGAGGAGAAUCCCUUCUUGAAAAAUGAGGUGAUCUCGAAGGAGUUCCACUUGGGUUUGUCCGACCCACUCUCCAGCAGCACCCCCAUCAAUUGGAAGGAAGGGCAGGACCUGACUAAGAAAAAUGGCAACGCCAAAGGCCGCAAGAGGCCUCAUGAAAUGGGGGGAUUCUUCUCUUGGUUCCUCAACAAUGACGAUCCCUGCAGCGAUGAGAUCGCAGAGGUGAUCAAGGAUGACAUCUGGCCAAACCCCCUUCAGUACUAUUUGAUGGAGUUGGACGGUGGAGAGGAUGAGGACGCAGAGGAAGACAUCGUCAUCAUGGAGGAACAGGAGGAGGACGAAGAAGCCAAUGAUGAGGAGGAACUCAUCGAGGAUGAGGAUGUGGGCGAAGGUGAUGAGGAAGCCUACGCUUCAGAAGAGGAGGCUGAAAAGUCGGGGGGAUAAUUCCUGGCGCUGCUCCAUCUAACAUCUGUAUCAAUCACUAUUAGCAGCCAGGACAUUAUUUUUAUUAUUUAAACUAUUUAGCUAUAAUGAUGCAAAUGUUCUGAACAAAAUUAAACUUGUUUCCAAUAAAUCGGUGUGAAUAUGAUUCAAGAGUUAUAAACCAUUUUCCCAUUGAUUGCGAAGCUAAAUCUAUUGGUUCAACAAUUUAGGCUAUUAAUAAAUGGUACUUUUAACAUUCAUA